GCAGCAGCCAUAGCAAGUAGCUAGUCAGCCAUUGACCGGUGUGAGACUGAGCAUCCUUCUAGAAAAAUACCACUUGAAAGUAGCAGGUACGAACGGCAUUUACAUAGCUAACGUUAAAUCCGACAAGAGAAGUCUCUGUGAAGACAAAGAGUAUAAAGAUGCCUUCGGCAAUGGUUGGCAACAAUGCUGUCCAGUCUGCCAUUCCAGAUCUGGGAAAUGGAAGUCAUUCUGAGGCCAUGAAGCAGAUUCUAAGUGUGAUUGACAAGAAAGUUCGCAACAUGGAAAAGAAAAAGUCCAAACUGGAUGACUAUCAGGCAAAGAAGAAUAAAGGAGAAAGACUGAAUCAGGAUCAGCUGGAGGCUUUGUCGAAGUAUCAAGAGAUUAUCAACAACCUUGAGUUUGCUCGAGAAUUGCAGAAGAGCUUCCUGGCGCUGGGCCAAGAGGUUCAGAAAGCAGUGAAAAAAUCUGCAAGACGGGAACAGCUGCAGCGAGAGGAGAUGGAACAGCGGCGGCUGAAGACAGUUUUGGAGCUUCAGUUUUUACUGGACCAGUUGGGAGAUGACCAUGUCAGACAGGACCUAAAGCGGCCUGAUGCCACUGGUUCCCCUUUGCUCACUGAUGCGGACCUUGCAUCCCUUGAUGAGUUUUACAAACUGGUGGGACCUGAUAGGAACUGUGAUGUCAGGCUGACUGAUCAAUAUGAAGAGGCAUCACUACACUUGUGGGAACUCCUUGAGGGCCGAGACAAGGCUGUGGCAGGGACUACAUACAAGUCACUGAAGGACACUCUGGACAAAGUUCUGCUGAGUGGUUACUUUGACAGAGCACAAACUCAUCAGAAUGGAUUGUGUAAGGAGGAGGAGGAGGAACCAGAGGAGCAAACUGUGGCAGCAGAGUCUAAAGCUGGGGAGCAGCCAUCAGAACCUGAAGGAAUAGCUACUGAAAAUUACACAGAGCCAAUUAAAGUGGAAACCACAGAGUUUGUAAACAGACAGUUCAUUCCAGAAGCUACGUACAGCAGUACAGACAAAGACCAAGUGGAAGAGUGGACAGUGGAAGCUCAGAUGGUGAAUUCCCUCCAGAACCAGCCCCCUGCCCAGCUGGCUCCAGAACCAACCCUUACUGUAAACCAUGUCACUUCCUCUCCACCCACUGACCCAGUGGUCAGAAAACAGGUGGUGCAAGACCUCAUGGCCCAAAUGCAGGGGACAUAUAACUUCAUGCAGGACUCUGUGUUGGAAUUUGAUGGCCAGGCUCUGGACCCAGCCAUUGUGUCUGCCCAGCCAAUGAAGCGUGAGCUGCAGCAGAUGGGUUGCCCUUCAACACACUCAGAGUCCACACGUCCUCAAUCAAGUGCAUUGUCUGGACCACAGGAAUCUUCACAAGCCUCAAUAUCUCUGUCAUCGGAGCAGUCCCCCGCCCCAUGUACCCUGUCCGCUGCCUUCCCAUCUGUGUCCAAACCCACCCACACUGGAGGCAUCAAUGUCAACGCAGCACCCUUCCAGUCAGUGCAAGCGGUAUUCAAUAUGAAUGCACCUGUACCUCCAGCCACUGAUGGCCAAGCAGACCCUCUGAAGCAGCCCAGCCAGUUCCCUGGUAGCUAUGGACAGGGUUUUACCAGUCACUCAGAGAGUACUGUAGACCAGACUGACAUCCCUCAGGAGACAUUACAAUCAGUUGUCGGUGGGUUCCAGUCCCAAGACCAGGUCAUGCCGCCAACAGGAGGCCGUGAAGCAUCCUCUCCAGGUGCAGGAUUUGGACAGCCAGGCCAGUCUUUUUACAACAGCAGGAGUGUGCCCAGGGGUGGACCCAGGAGCACCCGUGGCAUGAUGAAUGGAUACCGAGGCUCCUCCAACGGCUUUAGAGGUGGAUAUGAAGGCUAUCGUCCUCCUUUCUCAAAUUCUCCCAGCAGUGGUUAUGGCCAACCCCAAUUUAAUACGUCUCGGGACUAUUCCAAUAGCACCUAUCAGCAGGAGGGAUAUCAAGGAGGCUACAAGCGGGGAGCUGCCCAAGGACCUCGGGGUUUGUCCCGAGGUAAUGCUCAAGCAAUGCGAUCCUAAAAACAUUUUUAAGGAACGUCAAGUCACGCCACGUUGAACAUUCAGGAUUUCUGAAUGUGUUCGCCCCAACUCACUUUUGUAUCGUUUAUUUUCCCGCAUUGGUGACCUUUUAUUUUUUUUCUAACUCCUGGCCCACUUAUCAGCCCGCUUUGGUCUGUCUAGAUCCUUUUAAUGUUUUAACACAAAAUGCUGAAUUUCACCACAUGUAGGAUUAUCAGCAACUCCUUGUGAUGUAAAACAACAAAUAGAUAUUCCUGUAAACUUGAAAGAUUUCAUUAAUUUAUUUUUUGUACAAAUAAAUGUAAACAAUACCCUGCUACUGCCGAUCUGAUCCCAUCAGAAUGAUUUUCUUCCGCCCUGUGCUCUCAGCCACUUUUUACUUUUGAUCUCACAAUUUUCAGAGGCUUUUUUUUUUUUUUUUUUU